ACCAUUCAGACAUGGCCAAGUCCAAGAACCACACCACACACAACCAGUCCCGGAAAUGGCACAGAAAUGGCAUCAAGAAACCCCGAUCGCAAAGAUAUGAAUCUCUUAAGGGGGUUGACCCCAAGUUCCUGAGGAACAUGAGCUUUGCCAAGAAACACAAGAAAGGCCUGAAGAAGAUGCAGGCAAACAACGCCAAGGCAGUGAGUGCACGCGCAGAGGACAUCAAGGCUCUUGUGAAGUCCAAGGUGGUAAAACCCAAGAUGCCAAAGGGUCCUGGCUGCAAACUCAGCCGUCUGGCUUUCAUCGCUCACCCCAAGCUUGGGAAGAAGAUUAGAAAGUACAUGGCCAAGGGUCAUAGGCUCUGCCAACCAAAGCCCAAGGUUCAAACCAAGGCAGAAGCCUCGGCUCCAUCUAAGGCCCAGGCUGCAGCUCCAGCUCAGGCUCCCAAAGGCGCCAAGGCCCCAUAG